CAUUAAUGUAAUAACAAAGAAAUAGUGUUUUUAAAAACUUAGAAUAAUUGCAGUACUGUGUAAAAAACGAUGAAUUUUUGGAUGUGAUAAAAUCAUUCUUAAAAUUUAAAGCAAAAGCUUUGUAGAUAUUAGAUUCCAUAGAACAAUCAAUUAUGAAUACUACAAUUAGAUGUAUGCCAAAAGAAAUGAUUGGAUUAUAUGAUGCUUAUGAUACAAUAGAUAUAAUAGAUUGGUUAAAAAAUAUUUGUGAAAUUGAGGGUAGGUCAGUCUUGGAGGAAAUAAAACUAGAAAAAUAAAACAUUUAAAAAUUAAAACACUCAUAUGAGAUAACUUUAAAGAAAAAUUUAAAAGAUUUAUAGGAAAAUUUAGAAAAAACUCUUGUUGCUAUAAACAAUCAAGUAGAAUAUCAAACGGAUUUAACAAUUAAAAGAUUAUUGAAAAGAGAUGAAAGUAUUGUUUUGGAGAAUAAUGGAAUUUUAUUUGAUGCAAAUGUUGCUGUAGUUUGUGUUUUUGAACCUAAAUCAAAUGGAUUACUUUUAAAAGGAUUUCAUUAACCAAUAUUUUUUGAUGGAAUCUAUUUUGAAUAACCUAUUAAUUUCAAAGAAGCUCCACAUAAAAUUAAGUAUACUUUGCAUAAAGGAUUCAAUUUAAGGGAAUGUUUGUAUGAAGAAGAGUUUUCUAUUUAUGAUCCUGAAUUUAAAAAGGUAGAUGACAAUAAUUAUUUAAUUGAAUUUUAGCAAAAGAUUAAAUUAGAAAAGGGAUUUAAGUAUUGUUUGUGUGCUUAUGCUGGUCAAGAUGAAUUCUUUGGUACUAUCUAAUAUACAGAUAUUGAAUAAGAUAAUCCAUAUAUUAAAUUUCAAGAAAAACCUUAUGAAUUUGCAAAGUUUAUUGUACCAGCUCAUAUUUAAUAGGUAAUAUCAGAAAAUAAAUCGGGGAUAUUUCCAGCAUUAAUUGUAAUUGAAGAAUGAU